AUGUUCUCCCCUUCAAAACAUCGAUCGUUAUGGCAAAUCUCAAAAAGAUGCAUCAGUUCGAAUGAAGUCGCGCAGGCACUUCGACCUUUUCUUUUCCUGGUUCAUCCCGACAAGUGAGUUUUUAAUUGUAUUUUUCAAAACUUUUUCUAUCUAAAAAUCCCAUUUAGGUACGCCAAGUUUCCCGAAAUCCAAACGCAAAACGAGAAAUCGUUGCAAAUCUUCAACGGAUACAUGAAUGACCUGUUCCCAGUGUCGCCAUCCUUAAAGCCGACCAAGGUAGAAUUCAAAUCAAAGUCCGUUUUGUUACCGUUUAUGCUUCAGGUCAGUUUCUCGAUUGCCGACAAACAAUCGACAACAUUCCGAAAGAUUCACAUCAACCUGACAGGCACGGAUCCAGUGAAAAUUGUGCGGUAAGUAGAAACACGUGGUCACGUUUUGUGAUAUGAUAACGGUUUUUUACAGCGACGCUUUGGAAUCAUGCGAGUUGAGUACAUCUGAGCUCAAGUUCAAAGAGACCGUCUCAUCAAGGAACAGUCCGGGAGGCAAAGGUUACACGACAAGCAACGUGGAGGAAGAUUUGCUCAGAUCGUGGGUCAAAGUGUAAAGAUUGAUCACGAUGACCAUGAUUUUUCAGCUACUUGAAACGAAAAAAGGCGACAAUCAUCACGAAUCUGUAUGAUUCAUUGACUAAUCAACGGGAGGAGGCAAUGAAGAAAACGAGAGAUGCAAAGACACUGCGCGUGUCGAUCAAAGAAGACAUUGCUGACUUGAAGUACCAAACACAACUCAAAGAUGUAGGUUUUCAUUUUUUAUCAAAUUUACUUGCUAUUAGGUAGAAAAUGGUCUAUCUGUGUAAUAUUAACAUAAAUAUCACCUAUCGAGACUAAAAACGCCAAAAACAUUUCGACAUGUAGGUUUUCACCUAAUUUUUUUUUCUGUGAAAAAAACCCUCGAUAUUUCUCAGGUCGUGUGGCAAAUGACAUGGGAAGAGUCGCAUAUGCGGCGAUGCAUUGCAAACGUGAAUCGUAUGCUCGACCAAGCCAUUCCGGAGACCAGAGUCAUAAUCGAGAAGGCAUUCUUCAAGAAUGUUCUGAGAUUCGGAAGAGGAUCUUUCACUUGCUGCGACGGAUCUCUGCAAUUGGGCGCUGACAACGUGCCGGAACAGUGGGAACAAGCCUGCCAGGAGCAUCGAAUUCGCAAGAACCAAAUUCCACUCUUGAAGGAGACAGCAAAGCAAAUCGAGCAAACUUUCGGAGGAGCACAGAUACUACUCCCUCAUUAUAAGGGUCUCGCUCAGACUUUGACCCAACUGCAAACCUUGAGAGUGAGGAUAUGGAAGAAAGAAGCGUUGCUGAAAAGGGUGGAGGAGUCGGCUGCCAACUCGAUGCUGGAAGUGGUCACUUCUUAUGAUGAGUUGGCGAUCGGUAUGGAUGGGAGGCUCUACAUUCCGUGCAAUGUUGAUGUUCCGUCGCUCGUCACGUUUUUGGAGGAAAAUGCGAAGAAAGCAGCGGAAAUCAAUCAGCACAUGCAUCAUCUGAUGGUAAGUUCAAACAUAUUCUUGCAAAACUGAAUAUUCGGUUGCAGAAUGAACUGGAAUUUGCGCGUGAGGAAUGCAUUCAAGAGCUCAAGUUGACCGGAUUGAAAUGGGAACCAACGUUUGCUCCGGAGAUUGUCCUUAACUGCAUCAACCGGCUCAUUCAAUGCUCUCCAGAAGUCAGACAGUUGGUUUCGGGCCUUUCGAUCCUGAUUUCAACCAACCCGAGCAUUUAUGUGACAAAUGAUGGAACAGUAUCCAUUCCAUUGAACUGGUCAUAA